AUGCAUUAUAUCACGGAAGUUCGUUUCUUAAAUAUUAUGAUUACUCUACUGAAGGAUUCAAGCAAAAACAUUAGAAUAUGCGCCUUCCACGUUUUUAAGGUUUUUGUUGCCAAUCCAAACAAGCAUCGCAGCAUCAUCGAGGCUUUGAUCGAAAAUCGCAGAGAACUACUGAAGCUACUCCAAAAUCUUCCUACGAGUAAAGGCGAAGAUGAACUUGAUGAGGAGAGAGAUCUAAUUAUUCAGGAGAUCCAGAAGCUGGCCUGCUCAUCAACAUGAUAGUCACUUGAAUCAAUGGAAUAGAUGGUUUA